UCCUUCGCUCUCCCUCACCACCCACUCCUUCGUGCGCGACCCGGAGUUACUGUCGCCGCCUUUCCCGACUGUCUCCUAGGCGUGUUCCUUGGCCUGUACUCUCGACUGCCUCCGCGACUGCAGUGAUAGAAGGAACCGGAUCUAAUCGUUCUCUAUCAUAAUUAGAGCUCAUACCCUUACUCCGCACCUCCGUUAGCUCAAUCGUCUACCCCGCCUGAUCUAUCAGUCAUGUCUUUCAAUAACAGCUACGGCGACCAAUUCCAAGGCCAGCCCCAGGGCGACAUGAACAACCAGACCCCGCAGCCCGGCGACAUGGGCCAGCCCAUGGACGCUUCCGGCAACGGCUUCCCACCCCAGGGCAACAUGGGCCCGCCAGGCAGCGCUGGUGGUGACGGCCAAGGCCAGGGUGCGGGCAAGACGACUCUCUGGAUGGGUGAACUCGAGCCCUGGAUCGACGAGAACUUCGUGCGCAGCAUUUGGUACAACAUGGGCGAGACUGUCAACGUCAAGAUGAUCCGCGACAAGUUCUCCGGCAAUGCUGGAUAUUGCUUCGUCGACUUCGCGAGCCCUGAUGCUGCGUCCAAGGCCCUUAGCCUCAACGGCCAACUGAUCCCUAACUCCAACCGCCCGUUCAAGCUGAACUGGGCCUCUGGUGGUGGUCUUGCUGACAGGAGCCGCGAUGAGCGUGGUCCCGAAUUCAGCAUCUUCGUCGGAGACUUGGGCCCCGAGGUCACCGAGUUCGUCCUCGUACAACUCUUCCAGAACAAGUACCAGUCCACCAAGUCCGCCAAGAUCAUGUCCGACCCCAUCAGCGGUAUGUCGCGCGGCUACGGUUUUGUCCGGUUCGCUAGCGAGGAGGACCAGCAAAAGGCCCUCACCGAGAUGCAGGGCGUCUACUGCGGCAACCGCCCCAUGCGUAUCUCCACCGCCACACCCAAGAACAAGAGCGGUGGUCCCGGAGGUCCCGGCGGAAUGGGCGGCAUGCCCCAAGGCGGCGGCGGCCCUGGUAUGGGCAUGUACUCUAUGGGCGCUCCCCCUAUGGGCGGCUACUACGGUGCUCCUCAGCCCAUGAACCAGUUCACUGACCCCAACAACACCACCGUCUUCGUCGGCGGUCUCUCCGGCUACGUCACCGAGGACGAGCUCCGCUCCUUCUUCCAGGGCUUUGGCGAGAUCACAUACGUCAAGAUUCCCCCAGGCAAAGGCUGCGGUUUCGUCCAGUUCGUUCAGCGCCACGCAGCCGAGAUGGCCAUCAACCAGAUGCAAGGCUACCCCAUCGGUAACUCUCGCGUCCGUCUCAGCUGGGGUCGCUCGCAGAACAACUCUGGCCCAGCCGGUACUCCUUACCGCCCUGCACCACCUCCACCAGUUCCCUUUGGCCCAGGCAUGGGUAUGCCCCCGCAACACCCCUACGGCGGUGGCGGUGGCUACGGCCCGAUGAUGAAGUAAGCGCAUUCUUUCCCUCUGUAUUGCUUGCACGGCGCUUCUGUCAUGGUUCAUCCCGUUGGCUUACUGCAACGAUCCCUUUCAUGACUCAGCAUGACGAAUUUCGAGCGAUUUGGUCUUUAGUUCUAUAACGGGCGGUUCUCCAAAAGUUCUCGACUUCUUCUCACGACACU